UGUGGCGAUGUCUGGGAGAGGAAAGGGCGGUGGCGGUAAAGCUCGGUCGAAGGCGAAGUCCCGGUCGUCCCGGGCUGGGCUGCAGUUCCCGGUGGGCCGUGUUCACAGGCUCCUGAGAAAGGGUAACUAUGCUGAGCGUGUGGGUGCCGGAGCGCCGGUAUAUCUGGCUGCGGUGCUCGAGUACCUGACGGCUGAAAUCCUCGAGCUGCCCGGUAACGCGGCCCGGGACAACAAGAAGACCCGCAUCAUCCCCAGGCACCUCCAGCUGGCCGUGCGCAACGACGAGGAGCUCAACAAGCUGCUGGGAGGUGUGACCAUCGCUCAGGGUGGGGUGCUGCCUAAUAUCCAGGCCGUACUGCUGCCCAAGAAAACCGCCGCUGGGGGCGCCACUAAAAAGUGAAGACACUUCUUGAA